CAUUUUAGAGGCGGAGUUUCAAGCGCUCUUCGGUGCCAGCAACUAGCCAAGCUAGUCGUAUUCACACUGUGGAGCCGCGAGCCUCAAACGGGCCGCGUUCCCGAGGAUUCUUACCCACGUGGAGCAAGGACAUGAAGACAGAGAACAGCGUGUGUUUUUCCUGCGGCGAGUGCAUCACCGACAAGUACCUGCUGCAGGUCAACGGAAGACCCUGGCAUGCCCACUGCCUGCGGUGCUGCGUGUGUCAAUUGGCCCUCGACAGGCAGCCUAGCUGCUUCAUAAAGGAGGACUCCGUAUACUGCAAGGCUGACUACGCGAAGAGUUUCGGCGCCAAGUGCGCCAAGUGCUUCCGAGCCAUUUCUGCGACGGACUGGGUGCGAAAAGCGCGUCAGCACGUCUACCACCUAGCAUGCUUUGCGUGCGACGCGUGCAAGAGACAACUGUCCACCGGCGAAGAGUUCGCGCUGCACGAUGGACGAGUGCUCUGCAAGACCCACUACCUCGAAACCAUCGACGGAGGCAGCACUUCCUCUGACGAUGGCGGUGAUUCAGAAAGUUAUCAGAAGAACAAGGCGAAGAGGGUGCGCACCACCUUCACCGAGGAACAGUUGCAGGUGUUGCAAGCUAACUUCCAGCUCGACUCCAACCCCGACGGCCAGGACUUGGAGAGGAUAGCGCAAAUUACAGGUCUUAGCAAGAGGGUGACGCAAGUCUGGUUUCAAAACUCGAGAGCGAGGCAAAAGAAGCAUUUACACACAGGAAAAAUAAAAUCUAAUCUUCAUCACCAUUCAAACUCACAGCUCAGAGACCAGGGUGAGCUGUCACCUUGCUCAGGAGCUGUGCCAGGAGCAGGGUAUGGCCGACACAUAAAUCUUCACCUCACCUACUCGUUGCAGCAGCAGAACAACAACAAUAAUAACAAAGGCGGCAACACAACCCCAAUCUUCAGUCCCAACGUUUCUGGUGAGAAUUCGUCCAUUGAUGAAAUGACAGAUGACUCCCUAAUGACCUGUAUGAGAGGAGAAGUGUGAAGACGCAUCGCAGCAUUUAAGGCAACUGUAGCGACUUACCAGGAUAGCAGAAAUACCAACUUUAGUUGUGGCUGCUGUUUCAUCUCCCAGUGUACUUGACUACAGUGUGAUAGGCCUGAUGCUGAGAUUUAAGAGUAAGGGACUCCAAAAAAUUUUGUUCGCUCUAUAAAGUGUUGUAAAUGAUUGUUUUGUUCUGCAUAUUUGUGAUUUGUGUCAAAGUAAGAAUUCAGAAAAAUUGUAAAAACAACAGAUCAGCCUUGCCCAAAAAUUUUUGUACUGCAAAAAACAGAAAUGGUUGUAUUGCUAACGAAAAUAUUAAGCUUCAAGUUUUACAUGAAUCUUUUAAUGUCAUGAUAGGAAAAUCAAUGUUACUUCAUUGUGCAACUUAUAAAUGUGCAUUCUAGACUGCGGCAGAAAAUAGAAAAGUAACCAAGCACUAGGCAAGAGAGAUCUGUAAAUAUAUUCAAUUCAUAAUGAACUAAAUCUUGCACAAAUAUGUAAAUUUCCACACUUAAGAAGAAGCAACUUUAAAGCCAAAUCAAUGUUCAGCUAUUGUGCAAAGUGGUGUAUUUCAAUAGUGACAAAUAAAACUUAAAAGUACAAGUUAAA